CUAUUAAGGAAUUAGGAAGCAAGCAAGUCCAGAGUCCACACUUUCAUUAGCUCGCAAGGAGCAGAGCAGUACUGGACGUUGAAACUACAGUGACCGAGCAAAGAGGCAUCGAGAAAAAUGGCCUGGCAAUUGCAUUUCUUCCAUUUUCUCUUUCUCAUUUUGCUCACAUUUUCUGCAACACCCAAUGCUUCGCAGUGCUCAAUUAAGGGGUUGCCAUUGGUGAGGAAUAUUAGUCAGCUUCCUCAGGAUAACUAUGGAAUACAAGGGUUGUCCCAUAUUACUGUUGCUGGUGCUGUCUUGCAUGGGAUGAAAGAGGUGGAGGUAUGGCUUCAAACCUUUUCUCCUGGCUCACGCACGCCAAUCCACAGACACUCAUGUGAGGAAGUUUUUAUUGUCCUAAAGGGAAGUGGUACUCUCUAUCUCGCCUCAAGUUCAGAUGGGAAGUAUCCUGGAAAUCCAUUAGAACAUUCCAUCUUUUCCAAUAGCACAUUUCACAUUGCUGUCAAUGAUGCUCACCAGGUCUGGAAUACAAAUGAACAUGAGGAUUUGCAAGUGCUUGUCAUAAUAUCUCGUCCACCAAUCAAAGUGUUCAUAUAUGAUGACUGGUUCAUGCCCCAUAUUGCAGCAAAAUUGAAGUUUCCCUUCUUGUGGGACGAACAGUGCCUACAAGUUCAAGCACCUCCAAAAGAUGAACUUUAAUCACAAGUAAUAUCAUAUGUAUAUUGCUUACAACAGCCGAACAAUUCUGCUGUAGACUGAUAAGUACUUGAUAUUAAAGUUUUCUUACAUUGAGGAGCUUAGGAGGCUUUUCUUUCAACCUGUAAAUAUCUAAAAGCUCUAUACGGGUGAAUGAUUGUUACCUGGUGAACAACCUUCAUGUUUUAGAUCCUACUUCCAAUUUCGAUCUUAA